AUGGCUAGGUGUACAUGGGCGCUAUCAGACGAGGAGAUUGUGGACAAAAUGAGGGAGAAUGGUCAGACAAGUGCCAAGCACUGGCUGUUUGAUCUUUAUGACACUUUGAAUCAUGGAAAGUUCACAAAAAUGGCUGUGACCCUGUGGGCUAUUUGCACGCCUAUAAAUUGCCGCGCUCGCCACGCGACCUCCACACUGCCACGCGCGCUCUCCCCCGCUACUCUGCCGCUCUGGCCGCUUCCUCGCCCCCGCCACCACUGCGCCACCAUGCCGCCGCGCCGCCGUGGAUCGUCUGGCUACCACGACGUCCGCGAGCGCCCCGGCGGCACCUACUACGCCGAGAUCCGGUCCAGCGACGUCCGACUCGGCCUCGCCACGUUUCGGACCGCGCACGAGGCCGCCCGCGCGUACGACACGGCGGCGUGGCGCCUAGAGAGGCCGCCGGCGCAGAUGAACUUCCACGACGUCUUCACGCGCGAGCAGGCGCAGAACGUCGCCCCUCUGCCUCGUCUUAUCACGGACCAGGACCAUGCGAAGCACCGUCGGCGGCAGCGCCGCCUCCUCGUUGCCAAGGAGGACGAGCGAGCCAUGGCGGAGUGGCGUCGGCGCCACCCGGAGGACGUCGCGGCGGAGAACGCCUUCUGGGCGGAAAGGACGGCAAAGCGCCUCGCGGAGCGGUUGGAGAGGCGUCGGCAGAAGGCCCUGGCGAUAUCGCAAUGCGAUAUCGUUGAGGCAGGUGGGGUGUCGAAAUUUAGGGAUAAUGAUCCUCGUUGGGAUGACAUGUGGAUCGAUACCUCGGACAACACCAGUCCGGAUGAGGACGAGGACGACUUGGAGUACGGUGUAGUUGCACCACGGUUCAUCUAG